AUGUCAACAAGCGUCAUUGCAAUGAAACAUGAUCUUCAGGAUAAAAAGAGCUCUUCAAAGCAGAAGCGAUUCAAGGUUGGGAAGGCUUGCUUUACAUGUCGAGUGAAAAAGAUCAAGUGUGAUGGAUUGCAACCCUGUAUGCAGUGCAAAGCCCGAAGCAGACCGUGCACUUUUUCCAAAGAUGGAUCUGUAUUGGAAGCAGCUGCAAAUGAGCAAGACAAUGAAUCAACAGACGCAUCACCCUCCCCUUCCACAUCCAGGGCAUCUACUCCACCUGCUUCCAACACGCAUCAUUCACCUAAAUUCAAGAAACCUCUGCCCGUAGAUCAGAAAUUACUAUCCUCCACCACGGAAAUAUUGAAUCGACUGAAUAAAUUAUGGCCGGCAGAAGGAAAAGAAGGCAAAUGGGACUUGGAUCAGACAAAAUUAAACCUGACAACAAUGAAUUCAAAAGCGCCUUCGCAUGACCAUACGCUGGGUAUUGAAUAUCUACCAUCGAAAUCCACUCAACAUGCACAUAUUCAAACAUAUUUCAAGCGUUGCUACUCCAUCUUCCCAAUUAUACCAAAGAGAAUCUUUUUCAAACAAUUUGAUUCACCCAUUCAGCACUACAAUGCCUCUUAUCUCUUGACGCCUGUCUUGCUACUGAUGGUCAUGGCGCAUGGAGCUCAGCAAACGCAAGACGAUGAGUCUGACAUUUGGUUUCAACAUGCCCAAUCGCUGAUUUUGCAACAGCACCAUCAACAACAGCAAUCUAGCAAGCCCAAGUUAAGCACCGUCAUUGCUUUGGCCCUGAUGAGUCAAUUCCAAUCUAACUGCAACCCUCGCCCAGCCAUGUACGCUGCUAUGGCUUUCCAAAUGUGCCUUGAUUUGAAUUUGAUGCGAAAUUACACUGGAGAAUUGGAUAUCAAAAAUGACAUGCUCUAUCAAGACGAAAUGGACGGCGGCUCCGAUUUAAAAGAACUACAAAAGAGGGUUUGUUGGGGGUGUUACACGUUGGAUAAGCUGAUACACAUUCCAACUGGACAGCCUUGGAUGCUCAGAAGCAGAGAUAUCAGCUUGGAUAUGCCAUUGCUCCAACCGGGUGACGAUGUAACAGAGCACCAGAUACUAGAGACGUUUGUAUGCACCAUCAAGUUGCUUCAGAUUGCUGAGCGUACAUUGCAGUCAAAUCAGCAGCAAGCAGCCAUGUACCAACCCAUUGUCAGAACACACACCUAUGAUCAAAUGUCGCUGAACUCAGAUAAUGCGCUUCUGGAUUGGCUUAGAUCACUGCCAUUGCACUUGCAGUGGACACCUCUGUUCACCCAUAGCAGUAGCAGCUCACUCUCCACGCCUGCACAACCCGCCAAUCUCAUGGUAUGUCAUCUUCACAUGCUGUACAAUAUCAUUGAAUUAUGCGUCCUCAAACCCUAUGCCUUGUCUACCGUCAAAUCCAUCCAAACAAGGUCAGCUGCCGUUGCCACGCAUUUGGUGCGUCUGAUAUCUGCCUUGAUCGAUCACGAUACCGUCUGGUACUACAACCAUGAUGUUACUACUUAUGCCCUUAUAGAGUCUAUCAAGUUUCACCUUGGACAAUGCUCAUGUGAAAACCUUGUUUUAGCUCGACAUGCACGUUUUAUGUUUCAACAAUCUAUGCCACUUAUGAAAAAAUUAUUAACUAUGGUCAAAACUACCGGCACGCUCGACAAGAUGACUCAAUUUAUUACCAACUUGGAGAAUGCCAUUACGGAAGCGGACAAUCGUGCUGCUGCUGCUGCUGCUGCUGCUGCUGCUGCUGCUGCUGCUGCUGCUGCUGCUGCUGCUGCGAAUAAUGCGGAUGUGUUUAGCCAAGAGGAUAUGAUGACUCCAUUCGUUUUGGGUAGCUUGAAUGCAGCAAGAUACGGAGAUGAGGAACGUCAGCAAUGGUCCAAGCUAGACUAUUUCGCAAACGGAUUGAUUACACCGCCUACUGUGAGAUCAAAACCUUCGAUUUCCAUGUCCUCCACCAUGUUUGUGCCUCCUACCAUGUCCUCUUUCCACUCUUAUGGUGCCGGUGGCCAUAGUGCUGUUACAGACAAUCUAUUUCAAACGGCAGCAGCAGCAGCGGCAGCAGUACAUGCUCAGGCUCAAGCACCCACCCAGCCACAGCCUCACCAGCAGCACCACGAGCAACAAGAUUGGAGGGCAACACCUGAUAGAUUUCAAUAUACCAAAGUUAACAAUACUACCUCUAAUAAUAAUAACCAUCAUCCACUUGAAUUCUUGCAUAACCAACAACAUCAACAACAGCAACAAUGGUUACCUGCAACAUCAACAAAGAAAUCAUCCACAUCUACUACUGAUACAAGCAAUUCUGAUCUCACAGAUAUUGAUGCAUUAGUAGCCCAAAUACAAGAAAACAACAAUAGUCCCAACAGCCAAUCGUCUUCCAAUGAUAGUGCUUCAUCCUCGACUACUGCUGCUGUUGCUGCUACAGUUGCCAUGGUAACAAACGAAAAUGAAAAUAUACUGUAUUCGCUGCUAUCCAACCGUGGUAAUGCUCCAUCCAGUGGCACCAGCAGGAACACAUCCACAGCGGCAUCCAGUACCACCACCAAUGCACCACCCACACGAAAUCAAAGCUAUUCAUCUAUCGUUCAGCCCUACAUGAACGUUGGCUUAGGCAUCUAUGCAUCCGCUCAUCAACAUCACAACGAUGUCAUUAGACAACAUUUACCCGCCACGACAUCCACAAAAGUUGUAUUAACACAACAUCCGCAAAAUCAAUAA